AUGGCCAAAAGAAAAAGUAAAAAGAGUAAAAAUAAUAAAAGGACUCAAAACUCGACUGUUGUAAAAGCCGCAAAAGACCCAAAUGAUCUCGAUCAAACUAAGGAAAGCAAUAUACCCUUAAAUAAUACAAGUACAAAUGAUAGUACUGAUUCUUUAACUAAUAAUUUGGAGGAGAAAAACACAAUUAUAAACGAAAAAGAUGAACUUGAUUUUAAUAGCAGUCCCCUAGAUAACAAUAAUGAAAGUGACAUCAGCAAAACUAAUGAAAAUAACCAACUACAAGAAAAUGACACACAUAUAAGUAUAGAAUCAAACGUAAACCUUGAUAUUAAUAAUGAUCAAACUAACGGUCCCCUUGAAAACUCAAAUUCAAUGAUAAAUAUUAAACCCCAAGACAAAGAACCACCAUUUGAACUUUUGACACAAACUAUUGAUAGUACUAAUGGAGUACCUAGGGAAGUAUCCAAUAAUAUUGAAAAUAUUGAACCUUUAAAAGAUCUAUCUUCAGACAAAAAUAACGAUUUCUUAGAUAUCAAUGAAUCCAAAAAUAUAGAAAAUAUUCAAACUUCUCCAAAAACAGACCAGCCAAGCGAAAAAACCCAAAUUAAUUAUUAUACUGAGACUAAAUCUAAUAAAAAAAUGUCAAAUGAAUCCGCAGAAACAGAAAUGGAGAUUCCUUCGAGAUCAGAACUUAAUUUCAAGACUUCUGAUGUCCAAUCAAUUAACUCUCCUUUAAUAGAAACUGAUGACCCCACUAUCCCUGAAGACUCUAACAAAAUUGAUGAAAAUACACACAAUGAUAUCAAUCCUGAACCUUCCAACAUAACUAGUGAAACCGAAAGCCAACCGUUUAUUACUGCCAAUAAUACACAAGUUGAAACAUCAUCGACAUCUCCCCCACCACUACCAAGAAGAAAUCUAUUUCAUGAAACCUCUGACCUCGCAGAUAUGGAAGAUAUCUCACUAACAAAUAAUGAUUAUGUCUCAAGGACUGAAUUGUCCCCAAGAUUACCUCCAAGAAAGCCAUCAUUUGAGGAGAAAAUACCUCCCAAGAAUCCUGUCCCACCACCUUUAUCAGAAGAAUUGAAAUCGCCUACAUUUAGAAAGAAUAUGAAAAUGUUUAAUCAAGAACCAAUGCCUCAUCAUAAAUAUGGACAGCUGAAACAACAUCUUGUUUCAAAUAUAUCUUCAAUGCCAUUGAAUUCUAAGGAACCAAGUGCAGCCGAUAUCAAUUUAAUUGUCAACAGAUUUAGAGUGUCAAGUUUUCAAAUCGAUGAAAUAAAUCCUUCAGUUAGAGAGGGUAUUGAAGUCGGUCAAAAUAUAUUAAAAUCUUCAUUUGACGCGCUUAUGACACAUGGUGAAGAUUUGAAAGAAGGAUUGUUAAACAAUACUAUACCCUCAGACAAAUUGAGCGCCGAAGAAGAAAGAGAAUUCAGAGAGGUUACCGGAACUAAUUGGACUUUUUGGACUCGAGUCGUUAAUGAUUUUGCUACUGUUGCAAACAAAGAAUUAGAACAAUUAGAAUGCGAGAUUACUAAAGGAAUUCCGAGACAGAUUCGUGGUAUCAUAUGGCAAUUAAUAGCUAAUUCAAAAUCACAAGAAAUGGAAGAUAUUUAUGAAACUCUUUUGGAAACAGAGAGUCCACAUGAGGCAGUUAUCAGGAGAGACAUAAAUAGGACCAAUUUCAUCCCUAAGGAGAGGUGUGAAGAGUUAUUCCGUGUUUUAAAAGUUUAUUCUGUUUAUGAUCCAGAUGUUGGAUACACCCAAGGUAUGGCAUUUAUUACAACACCAUUAUUAUUAAAUUGCAACUCUGAAGCUGAGUCAUUCGGCUUAUUAGUAUCCUUAAUGAAAUAUUACAACCUUAGAGAAUUUUACUUACCCGGAAUGCCUGGGCUAAUGCUAAUGUUAUAUCAAUUCGAUAGAUUAUUAGAAGAAAACACUCCUACAUUAGCUAACCAUUUGGUUAGGGAAGGUAUCCGUUCUUCUAUGUAUGCUACGCAAUGGUUUUUAACAAUAUUUGCAUAUAAAUUUCCAUUAGAGUUUGUGUUAAAAAUCUUUGACAUUCUAUUCUUUGAAGGUAUUGAGUCUUUAUUAAAAUUUGCAGUCAAUUUGAUAAUGAAAAAUGAAAAAUCCUUGAUGUUUUUAAAAUUUGAUCAAUUAUUGAAUUUUCUAAAGAAUAAACUUUUUAAUGUAUAUUUGGAUCAAGAACAUAAGAGCCUUAACAGUAGCAAUGAGGAAGGAUCUGAACCUGAUUUUGAAAACAAACCAAUCGAAAUACAGAACAUAUCAAGAGAACCAAGCAUACAAGCUUGUUUAAACUCUAUCAUUGAUACCAAUUAUAACGCACAUUUAUUUGUUAAAGAUGCUAUGGAAAAUAUUGCUAUUACACCAAUAUCUCUACAUAGGUAUAGGGCCGAAUAUGAUAGUCUCAAUCAAAUAGAGAAAAGGAAAGAAACAGAGUAUGAUUCAUUGAAGAUCAAAAAUUUCCAAUUACAAAGAGAAAGAAAAAAAUUGAAACAUGAUUAUAAGGUAUUGAACGAAGAACAUUUUGCUAUAGCCAAAGAAUUAAUUAAAUAUAGAUUAGACAAUGAAACGCUAUUGGAUGAAAAUAACGAUUUAAAAGACAACUUGAAAGCAAUAAAUGAGCAGAUAGAAGAAGAAAUAAACAAAUCACAAGUGCCAAAUCCAGAUUCAAAAUUACCUGUUGAUUUGAAACAAGAUUUGGAAAGGACAAUAAAACGUAAUAGUGAAGUCACUGCAUUAAAUAAAUUAUUACAAAGUAAGAUAACAGAGUUGGAAAAUAACAUCAAGGAAUUAAAAUCCAUUAAUAAGGGCUUUGCUGCAUUAUCACCCAUAAAUCAAUUAAAUUCAGACAAUAUCGAUCUGUCAAAGUCUGAACAAAGCGAUAACCAAUCAUCAGCACAACCACAGUUAACAUCUCUUCCAACCUAUUCAAAUGGUACACAAUCAAGUAGCACGCCAAAUGUUGGCAACACAUUUAGUCAUGGGUGGUCUGGUUUCAAAAAAGUGUUUAAGAAAUAG